UCCUACCACAACAGCUGAUAGAUUGUGUUUGAUUUAACUUCGUGAAUUUGACGUUAGGUUUGUUUGUGAAUGUGAUAUUAUAUUCCUAGUCUGCUAGAAAUAAGUGUUAAUAGGGAGGUGUAGAGUAUUUUCCUUCAUGUUAAUGUAAUUUAUUCGGGGUUUUUUAUGUAUUUUAAUUUCUUGUUCAAUUUGAACCCUUAUAACUGACAAUUAAGCUUAAUCAUUGUCGUAAAGUUGAGAUAGGUGAAUAAGAAUUUAUAUUAGUUAAAUAAUAAAAAAUAUGAUUGUCUUUCAGAACGUCAGAAAAUGUAUAAAUAAUCUUGAGAUUACAUUUCUAAAGAAAUCACUUAAAUACUACUGCUUGGGUGUGCGGCAUUUGUCAGGAGACAAAAGUAAUGAAGAAUGUUACAACUUGGUCGUUGUCGGUGGGGGUAUUGUGGGAAUGGCGUCCGCCAGAGAACUGAAGCUGCGAUAUCCACAUCUCUCGAUUGCUGUUGUUGAGAAGGAAUCUGAGCUAGCAGUGCAUCAGAGUGGCCAUAACAGUGGGGUUCUCCAUGCAGGCAUAUACUACAAACCAGGGUCACUGCGGGCCAAACUGUGUGUGGAGGGGAUGAAGCUUGCAUAUGACUUUUGUGAUACAUUUCGUAUCCCUUACAAAAAAGUGGGAAAAUUGAUAGUGGCCACUAACCACUUAGAAGUUAACAGGCUGAUGGAUCUGUAUGACAGAGGCAUUAAAAAUGGAGUACCUGACCUGAAACUGAUUGAGGGCAGCGAAAUAAAAAAUUACGAGCCUUAUUGUAAGGGGGUGAAAGCUAUUCACUCUCCACACACAGGGAUUGUAGAUUGGGCAGAAGUCACUCGGUUUUAUGGCAAAGACUUUACAGCAAGAGGUGGAAAAGUGCAUCUCAAUUUCAAGGUCACAGGAUUUCAAACAGUUGCAGAAGGAGAUGGUGUUGAAAAAGAUGCCUCCAGUUAUCCUGUAAGGAUAUCUAGCAAAAACAAGAGUGUUCGAGCAGGUCAUGUGCUGACCUGCGGAGGUCUCUACUCUGACAUCUUGGCGGAGAUGUCAGGUGCUGAUUCUGAGCCUAGAAUUGUUCCUUUUCGAGGUGAAUACCUUUUACUGAAUCCAGCUAAACAACACAUGGUCAAAGGAAAUAUUUAUCCUGUACCAGACCCACGGUUUCCAUUCCUUGGCGUUCAUUUUACUCCUAGAAUGGACGGCUCAAUUUGGCUAGGACCUAAUGCUGUUCUUGCUUUUAAACGAGAGGGUUACAGAUGGGGAGAUGUGGAUGUAAAAGAACUCAUGACAUCCCUGAAGCACAAAGGACUGCGACGUCUUGCCGUCAAGUACUUGGGUUAUGGUAGCUCUGAGAUGAUCAAGUCCAUAUUCAUUAGCCUGCAGGCUCGAUCACUGCAGAAAUUUAUACCAGAGAUAACCGCUGCAGAUAUUAAAAGGGGACCAUCGGGGGUGAGAGCUCAAGCUCUGGGUGUGGACGGCUCAUUGAUAGAAGACUUUGUGUUUGACGUGAGGGGGCGUGUCCUGCACUGCCGCAAUGCUCCCUCGCCAGGUGCUACCUCCUCAAUGGCCAUCGCCAAAAUGGUGGCUGACAGGCUGCAAGACGAGUUUCACCUGUCCUAGAUCACCAUCUAGGUUAAACAUUUGUAGUAAUAAUGUUUUACUUGUUAUUGUUGAUUAUUGCCUAUAGCAAUGUUUAUUUUUGUACUGUUGACAAUUAAAAUUUUUAUCCAA